AUGUUCGGCGUGCCUGCCCGGAAAAACUCCCAGGCGUCCCUGCCGCCCUCCCAGUUCCGAGAUUCCGCCAGAAACGCUAUCUACCAGCAGCUCCCUCUGCAAUCUCUAGGACACAGUUCGGCCACUUCUGUCCGUUCAGCUCCUUCCCAAUUCAAGCAUCUCCAUAAUCUGCAUCUGCUGCACCGGCUGCUGGCACUGAGUGUAUUUUCGUGGGGGAAAAGGUCCGUCAGAUCAGCACCCUCGAUAUACCUGUCCUCAACAGCCACGAUCCCCGAAGACGCUGAACAAACUACGACUACUGUUGAACAGUUGAUCAACGAUAUUGCCUUGCAUGAGAGCUACGCUCAAGACCAGUUUGCUCAGUCAAAGCUGCUGCACGACUAUCCCGAGACAGACGACGACCUGGAAAUGUACAAGAUCUCCUUGGGCUCAGAGCUUCAAUAUCAAAACGUGCCGGAGUCUUUGGUGGACUGGAACCUCAACGUGACCCGCUGUAAACUCAUGCUCAACCAUAUGCCCAUGGUGUCGUCAUCUCCAGAUAUCUCAUACUCCGACCAGCAGCUUCCUCAACUAGUCGGCGAUCUUGCACAAAUCUGUCAGAUUGUGCUCCUCCAGCCUCAUAUUUCCGAUAAGGAGCUUAUUUAUACGCUCUACUCACUGAACUUAUACACGGAGCACAAGCUUGACAGUCUGUUCAAAAAGUCUGUGGCAGAGAUCUCUGUCAAACAGUCCAGACUACUACAAAUAAACCAGCCCAAAAGACAGCUUCCUUCACCUCCCAUUACGCAAGGCGAUCAGUCCCACCUCACCUUUCAAUAUAAGGAAAUCGCUGUGAGAAAUUACUUGGUCAACCUAGCUGCUGCUGCUACAACCGCCUACGAAUACAAGGUCAAGAGCGACAAUAUCAAAAAGGAGCUCAAGCUGCAGCUGGCCAAUGGUGAAAAGAAGAAGUUGACCAAAGACGCAAAGAAACUUUUGUGGGACGAGGUGCGUCUGGAUGUGUUCCGCCGGGCUGGUUUAGAGGAAUAG